AUGACUCAAAACAAGAUUAUCUAUUCUGCAAAGCUCGACGAGAACAUGCGAAGAUCAGCCUGCUUCGAGACAAACAAGAGAACCGUCAAAUCAAACAUCAUGCUGAAGUUUGUGACAAAGGCGAUGGAUAUCAAGCUUCAAGGUGAAGCCGAUUUUACGACUACUCUUGAAGAUCCAAUCAAACUUUUGAAACGUAUUGAACGAUUCAUGAAGAAGAGUGCUGAUGCUGAGUAUGACUUCUUGGAUUUCUGGGAAGCCACCAAUCAAAAGUUCUCUGCUGUGAAGCAAGGAACAACCGAAAACUUGAUGCAUUUCAAGGAACGAUUCUUGAGACAGGCUGAAGUCAUGCAAGAUCUAUAUGGCGUUGCCUGGUUCCGAAAUUUUGCAGUCAAGACAAAAGCGUAUGC